AUGGCCGAGCAGAUACCCCUUACCUUCGUCGUCGAGCACCUUGACCCAGAACUGGGCCCCUGGUCGGCGCUGGAAUAUAAGUGCAUUGCCGAAGAGCUGGACAAAGUCGGGGCGAAGUUCAUGCUCACUUCGGUCCCGGAGUCGCUGCGCCUGCCACACAACCUGGUGUCGCAGAACAACCUGGCCGUCGAGCAUCAGAGCGUGGAGGAGCUUUUUGCAGACAAGAAGCCAGCUGUCUGUCUCCUGGAUCCCGCCGCCAUCACCGAACUGUCGCCUGCUGAUGGCACAGCUUUCCAGGUGUUCCUGUUUGGCGGCAUCCUUGGGGACCAUCCGCCACGAGACCGGACCUCUGAAUUGAGAAAGAAGGGCUAUGCCACUCGCCAAUUGGGCCCCAAGCAGAUGACAACUGACACCGCUGUCAGAGUGACACGAAUUGUUACCCAGGACAAAGUGCCAUUGAGCCAGAUUCCCUGGCUGGACUUCCCCGAGAUCCGCAUUGACAAGCGUGAAUCUAUUGAGAUGCCCUUUCGCUAUGUAAAAGGGCCCGAUGGAGCGCCAAUCAUGCCAGAUAGCAUGCCAGCUCUUAUUAAGGAAGACGCAGACAAGGCGAUAGGAGAUUUACUUUAA